GUUCGAGCCUGACCUUAAAGUCAACAGUCGAUUUAAUUAUCGAGCAAAAUGCUAAUCUUGUACUCUUUCAGAUGGUAUCCUUUACGAUGCAACUUAGACGUCGGAAAGAAUUGUUUCUGUAAAGUCGAUGAUAUAAACUUAAUAGCAAUACUUUUCUUUCUGCCAAUAACUUUAUUUUUGCAAUCGUCUAAGUCUCUCUAUGCUCACCUCAGAUUUUACGAUGAAUUUGUCGCUUUACUCUAUAUUUGCGAGAUCAAAUUCUUCCAUAUGGAGUUAAUCAAUAAAUUGUGUUAGGAAAUAUCUCUGGUAUGACCAUUGUAGCAUUGAGGAUUAAAAAGAAAUUAUUUAAAUGAAGUAAAAUUUCUUUAUAAAUAACGCUGGAAAUUCCCGGUAAUCCUGUGCAAAGACAAAGCCGCGUUUUAAAUAGUACAAAUUUUAAAAUUUUUUUAAUGCCUAUAAAAACUGUUAUAACCACUAACUUCCAAUAGUCACAAUGAAUACUUCAUUUCUUUUAAUAUUUCUCUUCUUGGCUUCAGUAAUUGGUAAGUAUAUGUAAUUAAUACUUUCAUUUCUUUUAAAUCUACAUAUUUUUAGCCACCCCUCUGAAGCGUACUGCUCAUCAUCAACACCGUAUACUAAACGGCCACGAUAUCGACAUUUCAGAUGCAAAGUUUUAUGUUUUCUUCACGUGUAGUGGCGUAGUUUGCGGAGGGACCAUCCUUAGUUUAACAAGAGUCGUGACAGCAGCUCAUUGUACUUUAGAAUGCGAUCCGAAGAACAUUCAAAUGUACAUGGGAAAGAAUUCUUGGGACGAAGAAGGCGAACGAUAUCUAGCAGACAAUUUAUUCAGACAUCCUAAAUACGACCCUAAGGAGGGAUUUCAAUAUGAUAUAGCUGUAAUAUACGUAUCUGGACAAAUUCGACCAAAUGAUAAAGUUGAUAGAACUUCGUAUAUAUUGCAUGAUGUAGCUAUAGGUUCUACCGUUAGAAGUUUUGGUUAUGGAGGUGUAACUGGUGGCGGAUUUCCUAAAAAAUUGCAGGUGACUGAUAAUGUUGUGCAAGCUUAUGAAAACAAUUUAAUCAGAGUGGAAGCAUCGAAAACGGGCACUGCAGGGGGUGAUUCAGGUGGUCCAUGCAUGUUUGAGAACUAUUUUGUUGGCGUUAUUGUGGGAGGUGUGGUUGAUGGGGAUGGUAAACCUAUAUACGAUAUCAACGUAAAUAUAGCUCGUCCAGAAAUUGUAUCAUUUAUACGUUCUCAUGGUCUUUAAAAUGAAAUUAACUCUAAUAAUAAAAAUAAUGUUUAUGUUAAUUAAACUAAAUAUGAAAUAAAAUGCAUUACAACAAAUAAAAACUUAUCAAACUAUUAACACGUUAACUGCCAUGCAUGAAAUGUAUAUUACAAUUACCACAAAAAAUGAGUUUUAUCCUAAUAUAAAGCAUUUCUUAUAGAAAAUUCGAAAAUAUUAUAUCGAAGGGGAAAUUGACUCAUAUGCAAAAUGUUUAUUUGGUAUUAGAGAUAUUUUCAAAUACUUGACAAGUCAGUAUUUGGCAAUAAGAGGCUUAAAAUUUGGAUCAGCACCUCUAAGUAUCCGAAUUAUUAAUGAUAUUUUUUGGCUUUUGUGAAAAAUCGUUAACUAAUGCAGAGCAACUCUCUAACAUAAUAAAAGUCUUUUUAUUACGACUCAAUGCUCAUCUUACAUGUUGAGGUUACUGAUACGUUAGAGUAAGCAAUAUGGACGGUGUUAAAGACAGAGUAUCAGUAAAGAAUUGUUUCCUAAAGCAUCGCAAAAGGUUAAAUUUCUUAACAAAGUGAAAGACAAAGAUUGUGAUAAAAUUUCAAAUUCUUUGAUUA